AUGUUCUAUGCUAGUGUGAUUGGCUUUGCUUCAGGGGCCGAGUGCAGCAGGGUGCUAACAGCUGCAAGCUUAUUUAUAUACUGCUGGGAAAAUAGAAUGAUCAGAUACCUAGGCUCACAAGGACAAAUGCGCAUGCGGACGUCGAAGAUGGGUACACAGCUAAAGAUGUGGUUGAUGUGUUGUGUGAUGUGCGUCAGCUGGGUACGGGCCACACAGUCUAUAUGUUCUUCGCAGAAUACAGCGACGACGGACGGGGUACGAGAGCAGUUCCAAAGCAACGGAUGGUGUUCGAACAAGUGUUCAGGCCAUCAAUUUGCCAUAGUGCAGGGAUAUAUGUGCUGGUGCAGUGACACUGAGCCCAGCACGCAGACUUCGGUUAGCGACUGUAGUGGGACUUGUCCCGGGUACGGCUACGAAGAUUGUGGUAGUGAGGAUGAUAGCCUUUUCGGUUACAUAUACCUGGGACAGACGCCGUUGAGCUCAGUGCAAAGCGUGGAAACGUCGACGAUGGUGAGCUCAUCUAGCCUUGCAAGCUCGGAUGAUAGCACUACGAUUAGUAGUAGCACGAGCACUUCAUCGAGCACAACAACCUCCAGCACAAGCACGAGCAUUAUCUCUACGCCAUCCAGCACAUUUACAACAAGCACAACUUCAUCAAGCACAACGCCAACAAGCGCGACCUCGUCAAGUACAUCCACAUCGAGCACUACAUCAUCGAGCACUACCUCCUCGAGCACUACAUCGUCGAGCACUACCUCCUCGAGUACGACAUCAUCAAGCACUACCUCCUCUAGUACGACAUCAUCAAGCACUACCUCCUCGAGUACUACCUCAUCAAGCACUACCUCGACAACUCCUACUUCGACAACCACAUUAUUAUCCAGUAUAACUCAAGCCAGCACGACAGAGAGCUCUGUGAGUACAACGGCAUCCCCCACAUUAUCCACGAUAACGUCAGUGAACCUGCAGACAUCACUGAUGUAUUCUGUUAUAACGGUGACUUCCGUGCAAACCAAGGACUCAAACGUCUCGGAAUUCACUUCAAGGUAUUUCACCACAACAAGGAUAGUAACACAGAUUUAUCCCUCCGCCCCCACUGAAACAGCCACCUCGGUAACAACCACUACAUCUGCGGGUGGAAGGGUCACGAACAGUAACAACAACAUAUCAACAAACAAGUCUACAGAGAAGAAGGGGUACUGGCACUCCCCCGGGAAGAUAGCAGGCACAUUUGCCGUGGUUGGGGUAGUAUGUCUGGUGAUAAUAUGCGCACUGGUAUAUCUAAUACACCACUACAGAACAAAACCGGCAAGGAAGGCACAAGAUUUCGAGAAUGAAUACCAACGGAAGUUCUCGCUAUCCAAGAACGCGAACGGGGUCACCACCACCACACUACACACGCCUUCGCCUUCGUCGGACUCUACUUUCUCCACUCCAAGACUAAUAUACACCGACGAAAAGGGACAAGUAACGUCCGAAUCGCCCUCCUUACGCCAAUCUACGUACUCCAUGACUGCAGGCAGUCUGCAGCACGACCCAAGCGUACUGGCAAGCCCAUUCGGCGACCCAACUCCCUCCAGAAGAGCCUCUACAUUCGUCCAUUCGCCCACUCCGAGGCACCAUGAUAAGGUAGCAUCUACUAUUACCCUCGGUGAAGACACCGUACUGGUGGACCAGAGACUGGACCCCAGCAAGAUGUUAAACACCAUGGCCAAUGACGACGCCACAACCCACUCUGCGGUCUCGUUAUCAGAUAACGUGGACUACUCUAGAAGAGUGCUGCGUGUCAUGAACGAGUGA